AUGGUUUCUCCAACUUAUUUUGCCAAAGGCAAAGAAUAUCCAGACUCUGACGGAUUCAUUACUGUGGCCAGAAGACGGAGAAUGAAUUCCUUGAAAAAGGAAAUUCAGACCGGUGCUGAAUUGCCCAGUUUUUCUAACAAAAGCUUUGCAAGAAUUGCGGCUUCAACUAAUGUUUUCUCAGCAAUUGGAUUUGGUGAAGACGAGCCAACCAGUGAGGAAAAAUCAGUGUCAGCUGAAGCUGGAAAAUUGGGCGAAAGUAACGAAAACUCGACAAAGAAAGUGACUGCUUUGAUUUGCUGGAUGCCUUUUUACUCCUCUUAUUCUGGCCAAGUAGUCUCUCCACAGACAUCAGAAAGAGUUUGCUUUACUGAUAGCAAAGGAGUCAUAGAAAGGAAAGAAAACGAGAAGGUAGAGGAAGAGAAGGUGGAAGCAAAAGAACCUAUACAGGCCAAACCAACUGGAAAUACAACAAUGGACAAGAAAAUGGAAAAGAUGGACUACCAGCUGAAGAAGAUGGUUCUUGAGAUGAAGAAAAUGGACCUUAAGAUGAAGAAAAUGGACUUGAAGAUGAAGAAAAUGGAGUAUUAUAUGAAGAAAAUGGAGUAUAAUAUGAAGAAAAUGGACUUCAAGUUGAAAAAAAGAGCUUUGAAAGAGAAAAAGUCUUACUCAACUUCUGCCUUACCUUCCCGUCCUUCUUCCAGAGACCCAAACAUGUCCGAGUCUUUGAAAAAGCCGGAAUAUAAGAGAAAUAUUCUUGUCCAUAGAACCAUCAUUGCUCUCUAA